GAUCCCAGGGGGUCUGAGCUUCGGUCGGCCCCUCCCCCAAGGUCAUCCAACUUUUCCCUCCCCCUCCCCCGCGGGGCGGGCCCCCGCGUGCAUUAUUCAUUGGUUCGGGCCCGCGGCGGGCGCGGGUGCUGAUGUCAGGCCAGCGCGGGUGAGGCGGGCGCGGCGGCCGCCCAGCAGCCCGGGCGCGGGUGGGGGGGCGCCGAGUGGGGGUGGCGGCCAGCAUGCUGCUCGGCUGCGGCUCGGCCUCCCACACCCGCGGCGCCCGCGUCCUCGCCAGCAGCGCCGGCGGCCGAUCGGAAAGCGGCACCCGCGUCUGCAGCGGCGCCGGGUCGGAGCGCGCGGCGCGGGGCGGUGGCGGCAGCAGGGGUCCUGGCCCGAGCGGGUACCGGGGGUCCUGGCAUGGCGCUGCGGAGAGGCGGCGGGGCGCUGGGGCUGCUGCUGCUGAGCGCCGCGUGCCUCAUCCCGCCGAGCGCGCAGGUGAGGCGGUUGGCGCGCUGCCCCGCCACUUGCAGCUGUACCAAGGAGUCCAUCAUCUGCGUGGGUUCCUCCUGGGUGCCCAGGAUCGUGCCUGGCGACAUCAGCUCCCUGAGCCUAGUCAAUGGAACCUUUUUGGAAAUCAAGGACCGGAUGUUUUCCCAUCUGCCUUCCCUGCAGCUGCUACUGCUGAAUUCUAACUCAUUCACGGUGAUCCGCGACGAUGCCUUUGCUGGCCUCUUUCAUCUUGAAUACCUGUUCAUUGAAGGGAACAAAAUAGAAACCAUUUCGAGAAAUGCCUUUCGGGGCCUCCGUGAUCUGACUCACCUUUCUUUGGCCAACAACCACAUCAAAGCACUUCCAAGGGACGUCUUUAGUGAUCUCGAUUCUCUGAUUGAACUAGAUUUAAGGGGUAAUAAGUUUGAAUGUGACUGCAAAGCCAAAUGGUUGUAUCUAUGGCUGAAGAUGACGAAUUCCACUGUGUCUGAUGUGCUGUGCAUCGGGCCACCAGAGUACCAGGAGAAGAAGCUCAACGAUGUGACCAGCUUCGACUAUGAGUGCACCACCACAGACUUCGUCGUUCAUCAGACUCUGCCCUACCAGUCCGUGUCAGUAGACACGUUCAACUCCAAGAAUGACGUAUACGUGGCCAUCGCUCAGCCCAGCAUGGAGAACUGCAUGGUCUUGGAGUGGGACCACAUAGAAAUGAAUUUCCGGAGUUAUGACAAUAUCACAGGCCAGUCCAUCGUGGGUUGCAAGGCCAUCCUCAUCGACGACCAGGUCUUUGUGGUGGUGGCCCAGCUCUUUGGUGGCUCUCACAUUUACAAAUACGAUGAGAGCUGGACCAAGUUUGUCAAAUUCCAAGACAUAGAAGUGUCUCGGAUUUCCAAGCCCAACGACAUUGAGCUGUUUGAGAUCGACGAUGAGACGUUCUUCAUCAUCGCCGACAGCUCGAAAGCCGGCCUGUCCACCGUUUACAAGUGGAACAGCAAAGGGUUCUACUCGUACCAGUCUCUGCAUGAGUGGUUCAGGGACACGGAUGCAGAGUUUGUGGACAUCGAUGGGAAGUCACACCUCAUCCUGUCCAGCCGCUCCCAGGUCCCCAUUAUCCUGCAGUGGAACAAAAGCUCAAAGAAGUUUGUCCCCCACGGUGACAUCCCCAACAUGGAGGAUGUCCUGGCUGUGAAGAGCUUCCGGAUGCAGAAUGCCCUCUACCUUUCGCUCACCCGUUUCAUCGGGGACUCUCGGGUCAUGCGGUGGAACAGUAAGCAGUUUGUGGAGGUCCAGGCUCUUCCAUCCCGGGGGGCCAUGACCUUGCAACCCUUCUCCUUCAAAGAUAACCACUACCUGGCCCUGGGGAGCGACUACACCUUCUCACAGAUAUACCAGUGGGAUAAAGAGAAACAGCAGUUUAAAAAGUUUAAAGAAAUCUAUGUGCAGGCUCCCCGGUCUUUCACAGCUGUCUCCACCGACAGGAGAGAUUUCUUUUUUGCAUCCAGUUUCAAAGGGAAGACAAAGAUUUUUGAACAUAUCAUUGUUGAUUUAAGUUUGUAAAAGGUGUGAUUGGGGGAAUUUCAAAGAUGUGUAGUGUUAGCUCUCGCAAGAGAGAAAGGGGACCAAGAAGAAAUAAAAUUUUAAAAAAAUCAUAAAAUAAGCCAGGCUCAGAGCUCUGAAAUUAAAAUUCAUAAUGCACUGGGGAAGUAGUUAGAUAUUUUCAAACUUUUAGGAGUCACAUUUUAACCAGGGAUUGCAUUUUUUUUUUUUGGCUGAUUGCAUGACAGGCCCGUGCUGCUGUUUAAAUAUGACAUCUUAAAGCCUGUAAUUUCUGAGAAAAGAGCGCAGCAUCUUACCAUCUAGCAAACAGCGCGCUACUACUUUAUUUUCAAUGAGAAAGGAGAACACUGAGCAAGAAGGGCCAGCCCUUUUAGUGAAAUACAAAACCAAAACGCCCCCGCCCCACUAAGCCCACAGACCUGCCUCGUCCCAUCUUCGCAAUCUUUCAGCCAAGAGCUGUAAAGCCGAAGUGAGCUGAAAAGAUUUGCUGAUCAUCCGCUUGAACAUCUCAGAACACUUCGCAGUGCUAUUCUGAGCCAUCGCAGUUUCGUGAAAGUCAGGGCCAGUCUUCCGGCGUCUUCCUUGGAGCAGAACCUUGGCUCUGCCCUCGUUUGGAUUGAUCCCCCUCAUGGAGUGUGUUCCCGGGUUAAUAUUUGAUAUCGCUUCCUCUGCCACAGAGAAAACAUUCUGGUGACACGUGUCUAGGCCAGCAUGGGCUGUGGGUCCAGCAGCAGCAAGAUAAAGGGGUUCCCCCUGGUUUUUUUUUUUUUGUGGUUCAAAGGUGACCCUCGAGGUGGCUGGAGCAAUCAUGUGUGUCUGAUGUGCGCUGUUGCUCACUUGCAUCUCUGAACCCAUCCUUUUAGAUUGUGGGUAACUGGCAGACGGGCCAAAGGCUGAGCGGUGCUUUUCAUCUGUUCUUUGGAGGGAUGGAACAGGUGUUUCCAUCCACUGCGCGCUGGGGAGGGCUUUUGAAGUGAGAUUGUACGGAGUCAGAGGGGACUUUACUCAGAUCUGGAUGCGCUUUAAGGCUCAGAGGGGGCCCUUUGAUUGAUGCAUGCCUUUGCCCUCUGGACAACUUAAUAUUUCAAGUAAUUGGUUGAAUGGAAACCUGUCUCCCUGCCCACCUGCCUCCCUUGCUCCUGGAACAAGGCUUUGUUGAGUCGCAGCGAUGACAGUGGCUGGCUUGUGCAACCCUGCUGCAGUUUCUGCACGUGCAAAUGUCCAAAUCCCUGCUGUCAACAGGGGCAUACCUCCCUCUUCCAGCACACAAGGCAAAGGAAGCUUGGCCAUGUGCUAGUGGUGGGGCAUCCGGUAGAGCGUCAGGACAGACCAGCAUCUCAUAGUCCGUGCCUGUGCUCAGGACCAGGUGGGCUAUUUCGAACCAGGCCUCCCCAUGGGGACAGCAGGGAGGCUCUUGGGGGUCUGGUUUUGUCGGUAGUUUUAUGGUGGAUUUCUAAGUAGCUGGUUCUCUUUGAGACUAUAAAGCAGAUGCUUUUUUAGGGGAGCCCUUUGCAGAGUAACCCACUACAUCCCUUCCAGCCAUGAAGGUGGCAUAAUCCCACUGCAGUGUGCUGUGAAGUUCGAACCCUCAUCGCCACCCUGUAGAUAGGUAGAGGGGGUGUCUGAAAUGUGAUUGUGUCUGUUCUUCUCUGUAAGCGGCAGGGACUGAUCAAUAGAUACACCACACUGGAGAGCUGUGCAUGGAUGGUAAGCAGUGCUCCUGGCUGCUGUUUCCAGCCUAGGGGACCAAGGACUUUAAUGAACCCUGUCACUCACACUCUCUAGAGUGGUUGCUUGGAACUUUGGUGCUAAAUGCCAAGCAAACAGAAUGAGUGGUCUGCUUUAACUUUCUAAGCAUAAGUGACUCUUUCUUUGCAUUCUUUUGUCUUCCUGGUUCAUUUGAAUUGACCACGAGUUUCCCUGCUCUCCAUGUUGGAGACUGAAGGUGUGAGGCUUCUGCUCUUCCUUCCCCUAGAAAACAAGGGAGCCAUGCCCCCCCCCCCACUCCCCAGGCAUGGGUCCCCCAGACCGGCUGGUAGCACUGACAUCCUGUUUCCUGCUGCUCAGGGAGGAACCCACAGGGGCAUCUUUGAGGGUGCUGCCUCCACAGAGCCUCGCCCCGCCAUUGCAUAGAGUUUGGAAAGUCACAAAACACAGGGGUUUGAGCUUGGGAUGGGGUCUUUGUUACACCCAGAAGAAGCAUUUGAGUAACCGCAAAGGUCCCUAGUAGGUGGUGGGGCUGGGGUGUGAGACGACUGGCUGUCCUCUCUGCUACAGUCAAGGUUCCUUGUUCUUUUAAAUUAAGUUUAUACAAGAGUCUGCAGUCUUCUGUGUUCUGUGCUGUGCGGGGAGAUAUUUGUUCUGGCCAAAACGCAGCGAAGGAGCAGAGACGUUCUUGGCAUAAGAUGGGGGAGCUUUGCUUCAUUAAUCUUACUGCUCUCUCCCAAGAAUCCCUGAAGUUUUAAGCAAUUUCUGCAAAAGGCUUUCUUCCAGUAAUGAUGUACAAUAACAAAACUCACCCACACAACCAUGACAAAAGCCCAAAGCAGAGAAAAGCAUAGGGCUGCCCAGCCGAGGGGGAUUGCCCCCUCCCUUUCUCUCGUCUCCCCUCCCCAUCCUUCUCUUUCUUCCCAUCACCCGUACACUGUCACCUUCUCAGCUUACCCUUUGUCAUCUCUGCACCUGGGUUCCUAGGCUGAUCCCACCAGUCGGUAGUCAUGUGACUUUAAGGCCAUAACCUGAAAGCGAGGGUUAGUCCUCAGACUCUGUAGGAUCAGUCAUAGAUCUCUAUAAAGACGAAGAAUAAACCUUCGGGCUGACAAGGGCUUUGUUCUUGGGCUGUGGAUAGGAUCAGCUCACAUCCCAGAUGCUUUGUGUCCCUGCUCUGUGUAUCUGUGUUCCUCUCGUGUGUCAUGUGUCUUUGGUUUACGGAGGGCAGGUGUUACUCUAAUUUCAGAGAGAAGGGAAUAGACACAGAGUCCAAGUGGAUGGCCGGCCUGCCAUUAUUCAGUUAUAAGCAGCAAAGCUAGAACUUUCCCUUGGACAGUGGGUUUUACAUCUUCUCUCUAAUGCUCUGCUGUGCCCACAGACACUGUUGCCAUGACAGUGAAGACAGCAGUUCUUGUAGACAAGCAGGACGAAGAGCCAGAAGAAAAGUCUUCCUGGCAGACACCAUUCAACCAUCAGUAACACUGAACAAUUAGCAAACACCCCAGAACUCUGUGACAUGCCCAGUCAGGCUCGAGAAAGCCUUCCGGAAACAUCGGAUAGCUUCAGCUGUCUGGAGAGGAUUUCUAGCAGGCAUGGCUGUAACUCCUCCCACAUAGCCACGGGAGGAGUGCUGAGGCUGGACACAUCUGGUUCUUGUCACGAUGUCCACCAGAAAAGAUGAGUUCUGUGAGAGAAAUUAAAAACCCAAAUGCAGAAGCAAUGGUGAAUUGUUCUGGGGCCCUCUCCGGCCUUUGGGGGGCUCACGGAGAGCAACAGUGUUGUGCUCUUCUUCCUGAGGAGUGAGGCUGCCGUGUUUCUUAGGAAAGAAAUCAGUGUGAGAUGCUGGAAGUUGAGCCGCCCGGGGUGCUCACGAUGGGUGUCUGUGGGAGGGGCUCCUGUUUGCAUGCCACCUAAAAGGAAACCUCUAUCCAGUUUCCAGAUCCUUCGGCAGAAGAACCAGGCCUUGUGUGAAGCUUCGAAAGGAAGUUACCUCCUUAGGCAGUGCCCAGGGUUUUGUUGGACAGCGCACUGGGACAGAAUCAGCAGUCUACCAGCAGGUGCAGUGAACAAGGUGGUUCAGAUCCGGGGCAUGGUGGCAAAGGGGGGAGAAGCACAGGGCAGAUGGCUACAGAGCAAAUGCAUUGGGGAGAGUGGGAAUACGCUUGAAAGGAAAGAGUAAUCACAAUUUCUGUUGCCUUAGCAGAGGGUAGAAUGACCAGGCAAAUCAGCAGCAUGCCGAUAAUUGAACAGCGUCCAUUGUGAUGCUGAUUCAAAUAAUGACGUCAUCGGGCCUCUGAGCUCUCAGCUGAGGCCCCUACCCCCUCUCAUCGCUUGCACCGGCAGCCACCUUUCUAGUGGGAAACUAUGCAUUCCCUGUCCAGCCCCUUGACUAUCAGGAAUGUAUGAGAACUGUGAUAAAAUAGGCCAAUAUGCCAUUUGGUACCGUUUUUAUGUAUUUUAAAUGUACAACUUAGGCGAAACAAUACUUUCUAUGUGUACGGAAGUAAGUUUUACAGCAGACAAUGAUGGAUGUGUUUUCAAGCUGUGGAUAUACUUAGCUCUUUUUGGAAAAUAGAGUCAACACAUGAUAUGCCUCUUAAUUCUAUAUAUUCUGUAAUCCUGUGAAUAAAAAGUAGCAAAUGCCU